AUGAAUGAUCUGUUCUCGAGCUCUUUCAAGAGGUGCACGGACCUGAAGGUGCAGGUGAACCAGGACGACACCGAGUCCGGGAAGGAGACGAUCAACCUCGAUAAGUUCUUUGAGGAGAUUGACAGUGUGAAGGAGGAUAUGAAGCAGGCGGAUAUGAUCUACGAUAAGCUCCACGAAGCUAAUGAGGAGAGCAAGACUGUCCACACCGCCAAGGCAAUGAAGUUGCUGCGAGCCCGCAUGGACUCGGAUGUCCAACAGGUCCUGAAGCGGGUCAAGAUCAUCAAGGGCAAGAUCGAGGCUCUUGAGCGGACCAAUGUGGCCCACCGGAAGCUCCCGGGCUGCGGGUCAGGCUCGUCGGCCGACCGGACCAGGACCUUUGUGGUGAACGGGUUGGGGAAAAAGCUAAAGGACAUGAUGGACAACUUCCAGCGCUUGAGGGCUAAAAUGACAGAAGAGUACAAGGAGACAGUGGAACGGAGAUAUUUCACAUUAACGGGACAGAAGCCCGAUGAGCAGACCAUUGAGGGCCUGAUAUCGAGCGGGGAGAGCGAGAGCUUCCUCCACAAGGCUAUUCAGGAGCAGGGCAAGGGUCAGAUCAUGGACACGAUAUCAGAGAUUCAAGAGAGGCACGAUGCGGUGAAGGAGAUAGAGAGGAGCUUAGUCGAGCUCCACCAGGUGUUCCUGGACAUGGCCGCCCUCGUUGAGGCACAAGGCCACCAGCUCAACGACAUCGAGUCCAACAUGGUGCACGCUAACUCCUUUGUGAGACGUGGCGCCGAGCAGCUCCAAAUGGCAAGGGACUACCAGAAGAGCUCAAGAAAGUGUAAUUGCAUUGCCAUAAUCAUCGGAGCAGUGUGGUUAUUUUUGUCAUCUUCAUGCCAAUCCUGA